AGUCAAAAACCUAAUGAGAAGGAGGAAUAAAAACAAAAUAAUGUUUUUUCGUUUUUCGAGAAAAUUGGUUAAUUAAAUUACAAACAAAAAACGGUUAAUUAGAUUUAGGUCAAAAUAAACUGAUACAUUGAUCAAACCUUUAGUAGUGAACAAGAGAGGAAAGAAAGAUUUUUUUCUAGUUUAUUCCUUUAGCAGUCAAAACCCAAAGCUGUAACAAAUACAAGUAUGGCAGACAAUAUACUGAAUAUAGAUGGGAGUGUGCUUGAAGGGGGUGGCCAGAUAUUACGUAUAUCAAUAUCUCUGAGCGCAAUACUAAAAAUUCCAGUUAGAAUAACUAACAUCCGCGCCAACAGGUCCAAGCCAGGUCUAGCUGCUCAACAUUUGAAAGGUAUACAACUUGUAGCAGACAUGUGUGGUGCAAAGCUAAAGGGUGCAAACAUCGGCUCCACAGAGAUAGAGUUUGUGCCUGGGAAAAUUAGAGGUGGACAUUAUAUAGCUGAUACUAAGACUGCUGGCUCAAUAAGUCUGCUCCUCCAAGUGGCUCUCCCGGUGGCGCUGCUAGCUGAUGAUGAUGUGACACUGGACCUAAAGGGUGGUACCAACGCAGAGAUGGCACCACAGAUAGACUACAUGGAGCUUGUCUUCAGACCCCUGCUAAACAAGUUCGGGGGAGACUUCCGAAUGGAGAUACUGAGGAGAGGCUACUACCCUCGCGGCGGCGGUCACGUGUGUGUGACGGUGUCUCCGAUGCGCGCGCUGCGGGCGGCCUCGCUCACAUACCGGGGGGACGCCGCCACGGUCCACGGGUAUAGCUUUGCUGCUGGUACCCUGCCUCUUAAGAUGGCGGUCGAAAUGGCGGAUGGCGCUAAGCAAUCAUUGGCGGGCGAGAAAGUUGACAUUCGGUGCGUCAAGGAGGAUAGGAAUAUGGCGCCCGACAACUGCGCGGGGAUCAUCCUGCACUGCCUUCUAUCUGGCGGCAGUACGCUGGGCGCGGACGCUCUAUGCGGGCGCGGCGCUCGCGCGUACGACGCGGGUGCUAAGGCCGGCGCCGCGCUUCGUGACGUCAUAGUCACCGGCGCCGUGGUCGAUACGCAUGCGCAGGAUCAGCUGAUCGUGUACAUGACGCUAGCGGAGGGGCGAUCGGCGCUGCGCGUGGGGGAGGUCACACUACACACUAAAACCGCUAUAUAUAUCGUUGAGACUAUCACUAAAAUAAAAAUCGACGUGCGGCCGGACGGUCAACAGAAUAUCAUCGAGUGCACCGGCUUAGGUUAUGUAAAUCCCAACAUGGCGGACACGUAGCCUCAUUCCUAUGAAUUAAGAUUGGAAUAAUAAUACUCAGAGCUUAUUUAAAUAUCUAGUCAAAGUAACAAAGUAAUUACUAACCUUUUACUACUAAAGAUGUAUGCAGCGUAUAAUUUUAAUUAUUAUACGUAAUAGUAAUUACUUUUCAUGGUCCGCUGUCUUUAUCGUGUAAUAUUUAUAAUAAGUCUGAAACAGGGCCCGAUUUAAAGGGCGGCGAACCGGGCAUUUGCCCAGAGCGGAAAAAGAAUUAGGGGCGGCAAACAAUUAUUCCUCUCAAUCAAUUCCGCAAAUGAAUUGUCAAAAC